GAAGCCGCCCUUGAAGAAAAAGAAGUCUAGCAGCAACUCGAGCAGCAGCGGCAAGUCCAGUAAACAGGGCUCGAAACAGAUUGCGGCAGGGUCAACCAUCACCGGCUCUGGCAGCACAAGUGGCAGCAGCAGCACUAGUGGCCAGGCUACUACCAGCACGAGCAACAUCGUCACCAGCAACAGCAGCAACAAUAGCAUCAGCAAUGUAACAAAUAGUGGGGCUAUGGUACGCAAGCUUGCAGGAAGCAACGUACCCUCUGGGUCUUCACCUGCACAGCUGCCCACCCGAAGGCCUGGCAUGGGAGGCAGCACUGGGGUAGCCCACACUAGUGACGGGCAGCUCAGCAGGGAGGAGGUGGAGCGUCGUCUAGCAGCGCGGCAGCCCAUGAACGACUUCACGACCACUGUCUCUUUGACCUUGCCCAACCAGCUGUUUUCCGACAACAUUAUGGAAGGAGACUUCAUGGAGGAGGAAGUUGAGACGUCCCCAAGCUACAUUGAAGAAGAUGUCACUGUGGAUUAUGACUGAUGUUAAAGUGUAUAAUUGAGGAAUGCACCAAAACAUACAAUAAAAUGUUGUGACUGGUGUGCAGCAUAUACAAAUAGGCAUAUGUGAAGUUGUAUGAUAGAAGAUAUUAAGGUAUAAGUAUUAUACAAAACAGUACUGCCCUGGUGGAGUUGUUUUUCUUUCUUUCUUUUUUAUUCAUAAACAUGUUUCUUUUGUCUUCCUCUUUCCCUUGUUUCAUUUUGUCCAUUUCUGUAUAUUGUAUGAUUAAAUGGAAGACAGCUUACAA